AUGACAGUGGACCCCGAGCUCCAGAAAGGGCGUCUAGCCAUCAAGGCGGAGGACUACCCAGGCUUGGAUCCAGCAUGGAUCGAGAUGUGGAAUGAGCAUGGCGGUGCUGACAUGGUCAGGGCCGACGAAGUGACCAUUGAAGAGGUUCGCAAGUCGCCAGGAAAAUACGGGUUUUCAUACCCAACAUGGGCAGGUCCGGCGGUGCACGAGGUUCGAGAUAUACAAAUCCCCGUGACGCAGCCUGCGGGAGAGAUCGCCAUCCGGGUAUAUUCACCGGCCGGAUCUGGGCCUUUCCCAGUCCAUCUCAACUUCCAUGGUGGCGGCUGGGUGCUAGGCGGACUUCAAAGCGAGGCGGCCUGGUGUCGACACAUGUCCAACAUGACCAACAUGACUGUCAUCGACGUGGACUACAGAAUGGGUCCUGAGCACAAGUUCCCCGCUGCCAUCUACGACUGCUGGGAUGCCGUGAAAUGGACAAUCGAGAAUGCCAAGACUCUCAACAUUGACCCCAAGAGCGUCUCCUUUGGCGGUCUUUCUGCUGGAGGUCACAUGUCGGCUGUUUUGGCACACUUCGCCCGUGACGAGGGUAUCGACAUCAAGCUUAGUCUCAUGAUCGUUCCCGCGACAGACAUGCGCUACUGCAGCCCCAAGAUCCAGACACUGGACUCUUCCCACUACCCGUACGAGAGUGCAAGACAAUGGAGAGAUGUGCCGUGGAGUCCACUGAGUCGUGAACAAUGGUUCCUCAAGUACUGGUUGGGAGAGGAUGCUGACGAGCAAGAAAGGUGCUUGGACACCUGGCUCUGCACGCCCAUGCUCGCCCCCAACCUCGAGAACUUGCCGCCGGCGCACAUUGUGACCGCCGAGUUCGAUCUCGAAAGAGAUGAAGGCGAAGCGUAUGGGGCCAAGAUGCUUGCCGCAGGGAACCAGGUGACCAUGAAGCGAUACGAGGGCGUCCCCCACGCCUUUGCGCACUACAACCAUCCGCAAAGAGGGUUGGCAAAGAGCUUUGAGUUUAUCGAGGAUACGGCCGCGCUGUUGGCAUCUGUGCAUUAUGGACUUUGA